UUCCUUCAGUUGUCUGCCAUGUCGAGCUGGCGUCGGAUUUUAACACCAGUGAAGUGGAUCAGCUGAUUCCCGGGAUGGAAGCCCAUCACAGUAGGGAGAAGAGGGAAGCAGGCUAUGAGGGCUUGUUUGGCCUGGCCGAGCCUCAAGGCCCUUUAAUCACAAUUCGGCCCCACAACAGGGAGCGACGGGAUGUCAGACAUCCUCCAUCAAACACCUGGCCUACACCACCCACCAGUGCCAGACCGUCCACCCGCCCUCCACAACCGGAUGAGGAGGUCUGGACGCUCUAUGGUCUUUUCCAGCUCAGCAGUCACCUGGUCUGCAGCAGCGACAUGACUCCAUCACCCAACAUCUGUGGGAUGGACUGCAACAACUUGAUUGAUGACGACAUAAGUGAUGACAUCAGCUGCGUGAUUACAAUCUUGAAACAGCUUAUUGAAAAAGGUUUCGGGGCUCCCCACUGGAAGGAACUGAGCAAAAUGAUCAGGCUCAUCUUCCAGAAAGAGUGCAGUGUUCAGGAUGCCUCUGAGUACUUUGCUGAAUGCUCUUAGUGCUGCAACUGUCACUUGAAGGAUUAUCCACCUCUCAACUGAGUGGCCAGUGAAUUAUGAUGAUAAUAAAGUGAACCAU